ACUUAGGUCCAAACAAGAAAAGGAGAAUGGAAGUGAGGAGCAAUGCAGUUGAAUGUUCAAAGAUGGAAGAGUAUGAAGUGAUAGAACAGAUUGGUAGAGGAGCUUUUGGAGCUGCAUUUCUUGUUUAUCACAAGUUUGAGGAAAAAAAGUAUGUAAUGAAGAAGAUUCGUUUGGCUAAACAGACAGACAAGUUCAAACGCACUGCCCAUCAAGAGGAGUCCUUUGUCUGCAUUGUUACACGCUAUUGUGAAUGUGGAGACAUGGCUAAUAUGAUUAGAAAAGCCAGAGGAACAUUUUUUCCUGAAGACAGACUUUGCAAAUGGUUGAUUCAGUUGUUACUGGCUCUCGAUUACCUUCACUCGAAUCGUGUUCUUCACAGAGAUCUUAAAUGCUCUAACAUUUUCCUUACCAAAGACGAAAAAAUCAGACUUGGUGACUUUGGAUUAGCCAAACUGUUGAAUAAAGAUGAUCUUGCCUCUUCGAUUGUGGGUACUCCAACAUAUAUGUGUCCUGAGCUUCUAGCAGAUAUACCUUAUGGAUAUAAAUCAGACAUAUGGUCUCUAGGUUGUUGUAUGUUUGAAAUUUCUGCCCAUCAAGCUGCAUUUCGUGCUACGGAUAUGGCUGGGCUAAUCAACAAAAUAAAUAGAUCUACAAUAUCUCCACUUCCAACCAUAUAUUCUUCUACAUGGAAACGACUGAUUAAAAGCAUGCUAAGAAAAAACCCAGAACAUAGACCUACGGCUGUAGAGUUGUUAAGGCAUCCACAUUUACAACCAUAUAUUGCUAAAUAUCAGAAUUUGUCACCAGCAUUUGUUCAAGUAUGUUCUAAGAAGGAAGUUAAACAGAAUCCUGAUCAAACUCGCGAGAAUUCAACUUCCAAGUAUAUUAGACAAGCAAAAAAACAUGAGAAGGUUGUUGCAGUUGAUAGAGUUGUUCAUGAAUUCAAAGGUACUGAAUCUAACGUUCAGACAAAGAAAAUUGGAAAUUUGGAGAAUGAAGGACUCCAAACCAUAUCCGUCAAGAAAAGUGAAAGUACUAAUUCCAUAAGCUCUACAAGAAGUACCUUGACUGAUAAUACAAUUGAAGGUACAAAAUGCUUUUAUAAGAAAUCAGGAAUACCAAAACCAUAUGUUGAAGUUGCAUCACAUGCCAAUAAAGUUAGAGAAAAAGCCAUUCAUCAUCUAAGUACUAAUCAGCAUACAGAAAAACGCAAUGGUCACAAACGAGCAUCGAGUGAUACUUCAGUAAUGACUACACUAAAUUUGUUACAGGGGAACAACAAUAGUAUGAUGAGCAAUGGAAGGGAAGAAGCAUUAGAGUCAUUACUUGAACUUUGUGCAGAGUUACUUAAGCAUAAAAAGCUAGAGGAAUUAGCUGGUGUGCUAAAACCAUUUGGUGAAGAAGUUGUUUCUUCUAGAGAAACAACAAUAUGGUUGACAAAAGGAUUAAUGAAUCUCCAAAAACCAAGUGAAGAAGCUUAGAGUGCC